UUAGCAAAAUAUUAUGUGGUCUGUGAAAAGAAAAAAACCUAAAGUUCCUAAAUCCAUUCGACUAAUUCUAACUGUAUGGUCAUAUUCUCUCCCAGUGUCGGUGGAGCUGACGAGGGAGUUCUGUGAGCAGCUGGAUGGCCUGGUGGGUCCUCAGCUCACCCUGCUGGCCUCAGACGUAUGUGAACAGUACAACGUCAACCGCAGGAUAUCAGGACGCUGCAGUGGAGGAGCGAAUGAAAAAGCUUGCCCGCUACAAAGAGAAGGAGCUUGUGAAGGAGAAAGAAAAGAGGGCAAGGGAGAAGAAGGGGGUGUUCAAGGUUGGGCUGUACCGGCCAGAGGCUCAGCCCCUGGUCCCUCUGCCGCAGGCCCCAGCUGCCACAAUAAAAGCCAGGGCAACAACGGCAGUGGUCCAGCCCCAAUCCACCAGAGUGACUCGCUCCACCAUGAGGCAGCAGGCCCCCAAGGUGACUUUUCCCCUGCUAAGUCUACAUUUGUUCUGCACAUGUCUUUAUGUAAGAUUUUCUGUUACAUUAUUUAGUCAAGAACUACGAUAG